AUGCAAUCACUCAAACUAGAUGACUUACCAUUAAAAAUUAAAGUUAUAUUGUCAAAUAAUCUUAAAAGGUUUCCAAUUACAGACGAAGGAGUUAAACUUCAUUUACUUCUAAGGAACGAACCAGCAACAAUUGCUAAUGAAUCAAAAAUAGAACGUAUAAAACGAUUAAAACAAGUUUUUCAUAAACCAUUUUCAGUUGACGUAAGUCAACUCGAUAAAAUGAAUGUAAAACGUGUUUAUAUCGAAGGCAGUGAAGAUUUAAAGACUGGCCGAUAUCCCCAAAGAUCUGAAAAUAUGAAGUCAGCGACAACAGAUAUUUUACAGCAAGGAGGCCAUGAAGACAAAGGCAACUUGGCUAGAAUCCAAUGCUAUGUAGGAGCCAUCGCCAUAGGUGACAUGAUUAAGUCUACGUUGGGACCUCGCGGACGAGAUAAAAUUUUGCAAGUGCUGUCAAACGACACUUCGCGCGGUGAAUCCACUAGCAUAACAAACGACGGAGCUACAAUAUUGAAUAGAGUCUACAUUGAUAACCCAGCCGCGCGUAUAUUGGUGGACAUAAGCAAAAGACAGGACCAAGAAUGCGGAGACGGAACGACAGGAGUCGUAGUUUUGACGGCAGAGCUGCUGAGAAAAGCUGAAAAGCUUAUUGAACACAAGAUCCAUCCUCAACUCAUUAUUUCCGGAUUUCAAAUGGCUCUUGAAAUCGCGCUAGACGUGCUGCACAAACAUGCCAUCAAAACUACUAAAGACGCUUCCGAAUUCAAAAAUUAUUUGAUAAAGCUCGGAAUGACCACGCUUUCAAGCAAGUUACUGCAGUCUAACAAACACCAUUUUUCCACCAUAGCGACAAAUGCGGUGCUCAAGCUCAAACACCCCAAUCACAUUAAUCUAAUCCACAUUAUUAAAAAACUUGGAUCCUCAGCCGACAAGUCGUUUUUAGAAGACGGUCUUUUGCUCGAGAAAUCAUUUUCAAAAUCAAAUAUUAAAGCGAUAAACAAUCCAAAGGUAUUGGUCGUUAACACCAACUUGGAUACGGAUAAAGUAAAAAUUUUCGGAGCCAAGGUCACUGCGAAUGACUAUGAACAGAUCGCAGAAAUUCAAGAUGCAGAAAAACAAAAAAUGAAAAACAAAAUUGAGAAAAUUACUAAGUCUGGCUGUAAUGUGUUGGUCAACAGACAAUUGAUUUACGACUACCCACUGGAACUUUUACACGAGCGCGGAAUUGUUUGUAUUCAAAAUGCUGACUUCGACGGCAUAGAGCGCGUUGCAGCAGCACUAAACGCGAAGAUAAUCAGCAACUUCGACGACUUUGACGAAUCGUACAUCGGACACUGCGAAUGCAUCGAAGAAAUCGUCAUGGCAGAAGACUCGCUCCUUCGUUUCCGUGGUUGUCCGCAGUCCGGAGCGUCCACCGUUGUGCUUCGCGGAGCUAGCAAACAUCAACUAGACGAAGCCGAACGUUCACUACACGAUUGCAUUUCCAUUGUCUCGCAAACAGUACAAGACCCUGCGCUUGUUUACGGAGGAGGCUACAUCGAAGUAGCCAUUGCGGAAGAAAUCAUGAAAAUGUCAUUCGAAGUAGCAGGUAAAAAACGUCUGGCGCUUGAAGCUUUUGCCGAAGCACUGCUAGAAAUCCCAACGAUCCUCGCAUCCAACGGCGGGUAUGACGCUGCCGAAAUAGUCACUCAAAUGCGAGCUGCGUAUUUCAAACAAACCAUAGAAUUCCCCUGCCUAGACGUGAACAACGGUGCAGUGGGUUGCGCCAAGACACUCGAAAUUUUAGAGUCGUUUAAAAGUAAAAAAAACCAGCUAAUCCUUGCCACGGAGACAGCUCAGCAAAUUAUCAGAGUCGACGAUGUAAUAGUAUGCGCACCAAAAGCUUCCGGUUGA